AUGGUAUUCAUCAUGAAGAUAGCCAAUUUGAAGGUUGGACGGAUAUUGAUUGAUACGGGUAGCUCGACUGACAUCAUCAGCUUGGCCGCCUUGAAGAAUCUAAGCUUCCCAGAGGAUGCUCUUCAGGACAUCACUCACCCAUUGGUAGGAUUUAGGGGGAAUAUUAUCCACCCAGUUGGGCGGAUAGACCUACCCGUCCGCUUUGGGCAAAAAGGGGAAGGAAGAGAUAUGGUUGUCCGCUUCCUGGUUGUAAAAGAGUUGACUGGAUAUAAUGUCAUACUCGGCCGUCCUACACUGAACGCAGCCAAAGCAGUCAUUGUACCUCAUCUAAUGCUGCUGAAGUUCGAGAGGAUGGACAGAAAAAUUGGGACAAUCCAAGGAAGUCAGAAAAUGGCUAAGGAAUGUAAUCAGUUGGCCGUUAAGCCUACAGCGCGCGGACCAAAAGUAUCCGAACAGAAAGAAGAAGGAACCUCACUCCCAGCAUACCAGGUCGGCCAAAAGCGUAAGGCGGCCAAGAUAGAGCAAGCAUAA